CCACUCUUCAUUAAGCACUUACAAAGCUUCAUUGAAAAAUUCAUUCUUCUUCACUUUUUUUUUUUAAGCAGAAAAAUAUUGUUAAGAUUGGAUUUGAACCUUAAUCUGGCAUCUUAGACCAACUCGGCCAUCUCAACAUAUUCAUCCUCGUUUUCGCUUUCUCUCUAUCUUUUCUUUUUCUCAAUUUGGAUUUGUAAUGGAAUGUUUUAAUGAAUAUUUUGCACUGGAGGAAAUUAGAAAUCAUCUCCUGGGAGAAUUUUCCCCGAAAACUUUGAAAUUUGGGGCGGAACUAACUAGUACUAGUACUAGUGAGUUUAGUAAUAAUACUGCGACGGGUAGCUUGAAUUCUUUUGAUUUUUUCUCCGCUGAUUUCUUUCAAUUUGGAUACGAAAUUUCGAAUUCGAGCUCUGAAUCAGCAAAUUCAGAGCAUAACAGAACAAAUUUCAUCAAAAUCGAAUCGGAGCCGUCGAUUUCAAGCUCCGAUUACGAGGAAAAUAAAAGCAAAUGCUUUCAGUUUGAAUCGAGUAAAGUUAUUGAUAGGAAACCUUCACUGAAAAUUGAUUUACCUCGGGUGAAGAAGUUCGAGUGGAUCGAUUUCGGCAAUUCGACUCAAUCGAAUAAUCCAAUAGUUUCGAAAAUCGAAGAGAAGAAGCAACAUUACAGAGGAGUGAGACGGCGGCCCUGGGGAAAGUAUGCGGCGGAGAUCAGCGAUCCAAAACGACGUGGUUCUAGGGUUUGGUUAGGAACAUUUGAAACCGCAAUUGAAGCAGCUAAGGCUUACGAUAAAGCCUCAUUUACAAUGCGUGGAAGUAAAGCAAUACUGAAUUUUCCAUUGGAGAUGCAGGGGAAGAAUUACCUGAGAGAAGAGAGUGAAGAAAGUAAGGGAAGAGGAAGAGUUAUGGCCUUUAACGCCGUCAAGUUGGAAUUGUAACGGAAUAGUUAACCUCCCGCCAUUAUCACCGUUAUCUCCUCACCUGAGCUGUUCGCAGCUUAUCCAAAUCUGAAGUGACAAUAAGCAAUACUUCUAAUUUUAUAAUGUAACAAAAUAUAUGAUGAUUAUGAAUUAUCAGUCGAUUCGUAUA